AUGGGACAGCAGGCUGUGGUUCUCCUGCUGGUGGCUGUUGCGGCGGCCGAUAAGCUGCCCCUCGACAACGCCCACUUCGCCAUCCUCCGCAGCGAUCAGCACAACCCCAACUCCGAGGGCGCCCACAGCUUCGACUUCGAGACCGAGAACGGCAUCAAUUUCCACGUCUCCGGCUCCCAGGGCGCCACCGGCGGCGCCAACAGCAUCGGCGACUGGAGCUAUCCUCUCCCCGACGGAGGCGUCGCGUCCUUCAAGUUCGUGGCCAACGAGAACGGCUACCAGCCCGAGUCCUCCCUCCUGCCCGUGGCCCCCGCCUUCCCCCACCCCAUCCCCGACUUCGUCCUCCGGCAGAUCGAGUUCGCCGAGCAGCAGAGGGCGGCCGAGGCUCGCAAGGGCGCCCAGCAAUAA